CCCCGCCCCUGAGCUCACAUCUCGCGAGGCUCGCGAGGUCGCGCGAUAACUGAGCCGAGCCGGCGGCUGCCUAGGCUACCGGACUCCUCAGGUGGCCCGCUACGGAGGCCGGCUUGGCAGGAGAGUAUUUAAGAAGCCCAUGGAGUUAUAUGAAUCAGUGUCAUCAGAAGGAAGUUAGAGGGCCUGAAGGAAGUCUCUCAAGAGUUGGAAAGGAAGAAUUUCUAGACUCUUCAUCAAGUUCUUCAUUUACACAGCUGCUAAAUCCAAGGCUACUGUGGUGAAAGCAUGAAUAAAAAUACAUCUGCUGUGGCAUCAUCUGGUCCACUUGAAAAGGAUCCUGCCUUGCAGGUGAUCACAGUUGUGAAAGAAGCAGGUCUUGGUCUGAAGAUACUAGGAGGAAUUAAUCGGAAUGAAGGGCCAUUGGUCUACAUUCAAGAAAUCCUUCCUGGAGGAGACUGUGCUAAGGAUGGACGUUUGAAGCCAGGAGACCAACUUGUUUCAGUAAACAAGGAAUCUAUGAUUGGUGUAUCAUUUGAAGAAGCAAAAAGCAUAAUUACUAGAACCAAAUUGAGGUCAGAAUCUGUCUGUGAGAUAGCAUUCAUAAGACAGAAGCGUUCCAGCAGUCAUUCAGAAACCCUGUCCUGCGCAUCCUUUCUGCGUGCUUCAGGAAAAAAUGGCCCUCAAGCCUCAGCAGUCAGCCUUCUGUCUUCUCCCCCCGAAAUGCUAAUUCCAAGGACCUCAUCCACCCCCAAAGCCCAAGAUUCCAUUUUGCCUUCUUUUAAGAUCAAUCAGACAAAAACUGGAUGCAGAGAACCAGAAUAUACUUCUUUUACUGCCUUGGACAACAACUGUACAGAUAUAUCUAAUUCAGGUGCUAUGCCUGCCCAGACUGAUAAUUAUGGACCAUGGGGAAAGAAGAUUGGCCUAAAUCCCUCCGUUCGCAUGAAGGCUGAGAAACUGGAAAUGGCUCUAAAUUAUCUUGGUAUUCAGCCUACAAAGGAACAACAGCAAGUCCUGAGACAGCAAGUACAAGCAGAUGCAAAAGGGACAGUGUCUUUUGGAGAUUUUGUCCAGGUUGCCAGAAAUUUAUUUUCCCUCCAGUUGGAUGAAGUAAAUGUUGGAGCACAAGAAAUUUCUAACAUAUUAGAUUCACAGCUUCUUCCCUGUGAUUCUGCAGAAGCAGAUGAAAUGGAAAAGCUUCAGCGUGAAAAAAACGACACCUUUGAAGAAAUGAAGACACUCAAGGAAAAAUUAUUUGAAUCAGAGAGGCAAAGGAAGCAAUUGGCAGAAGAGCUCCAGAAUGUGAAACAAGAAGCUAAAGCUGUGGUUGAAGAAGCAAGAGCUCUGCGAAGUCGCAUUCAUCUUGCUGAAGCUGCACAGAGGCAGGCCCACAGAAUGGAGAUGGACUAUGACGAAGUGAUCCGUCUGUUAGAGGCCGAGAUUACAGAGCUAAAGGCUCAGCUUGCUGAGUAUUCUGACCAAAAUAAAGAAAGUGUUCAGGAUUUAAGAAAGAGGGUCACAGUACUUGAUUGCCAGCUGCGGAAAUCAGAAAUGGCCCGAAAAGCUUAUGAGGCAUCCACUGAAAAACUUCUUCAUUUUAUGGAGGCUAUUCAAGAAGCAUUUUCUGAUAAUUCUAUUUCUUUAUCAAAUUUGAGUGAAAGAAGAGCUGCUUUUGCUUCUCAGACUUCCCUGACACCACUGGGAGGAAGGACUGGCCGAAACAUCCCAGCAACCCUGCUGCUGGAGUGUAAGGAACUGGUCAAAUCCAUCCGUGCCAUACUUGAUAUGGAUUGCUUACCUUAUGGGUGGGAGGAAGCUUACACAGCAGAUGGAAUCAAGUACUUCAUCAAUCAUGUUACACAGACCACAUCCUGGAUCCAUCCUGUGAUGAGUGUCCUGAACCUGUCUUGCUCAGAGGAGAAUGAAGAGGAUUGCCCUAGAGAACUUCCUGACCAGAAAAGUUGAUGAUUUUCUUCAGGAAAUGGAGCCCCACGUGGUCUUCUGAACGCCCAGUCUACAAGGAUGACUGGAAGAAGGAUGGGAAGCACCCAGCCCUGAGAUGCAGCACCCAAGACAGAAACGAAACACAGAGUACUUGCUGAAGUAUGAAAUGGAGACCCUGGAUUUGGGCGUGUUUUUGCUAAACUUUAUGAUAUUGCUAUGUACGUAAAAGAGCAAUCACUACUACACGAGUUCUUUAGAUAUCUAGUCAUGGAUCUUGAAGUCACAUAUUUUUCAUAUAUAAAUAGAUUUUUAUAAUUUUAUAUAUAGUUCCUUAUAAGAUACAGUUUUUUAACUUGGAAAUUUAUGUGAAUGUAAUGAAACACUUCAUUUAUUUGAUAAUUCACUAAGCUUUUACAUUCAUAUCUUAGGAAAAGAUCUCAGCAAGCUUUGGUGAUUUGAGAAUCUCAUUUACACAUCUGUCUCGUGGGCUACUGGAAACUGCAAACGUCUUUAUGGGAAUUCCUAAUUUACAAAUUGCUUUUCACACCUCAUUUUAUUUAAACCGUGCAACAUGCCUGUGAGGCUGAUCGGGUGGGUAUUUUUUAUUCUAACUUUUCAGAGAGAUGCAGUACCAUGUCAGAGUGGAGACUCACACCUCAGUCUUCUGAUUCCAUGUCCAGGCCCUUUUGCCAACACCCUGCUGUCCCUCCACGGGAGGCCACAGUCUAACAUGCACAGUGUGUUCAUUGAUGCAGCAGGCUCCACAGGUGUGCAAUCCAGAGAGACUCAGAAGGCACCUUUUCAGUCAAGCAUGGCCCCUUCAUAAUCCCACAAUUCUUCUCCCUAAGGAACCUUUCCCCCACAUCCCAAAUAUUCACCAAGUUGGGGCAUCAUCCUGUGAUGUCAGUUCAACAGUCUGCUUUCAAUAGCUUGUAUUCUUCUGAAGUAAAGAAACUAGCGUGUAUGAGUGCCCUGUGCCCUGCUUAGGUUACCCUUGCCAAAGAAACAUCUGUGAGGAGUUGGUGAGGAAGGAGUAAGGGUAUCCUUUAAAUAUUGUUGCUCUGCCUGAAGUAAGACAGAGGCCUGGAGCCCAAGUAAAGUAGCCCCCGGUGCUGCCAUGCAAACCCAGAACCCCUUGGAGCUUCAUGAAAGAUGACUGUUCAUAACCGCUUCAUAAAUGAGUGAACUGAGGCACCAAGAGUUCAUACAUUGAGUUAAUGGCAUGACCAAGAAUCCACCCAUAUCCUGAUGUCCUGUGUCAGUCAUUGUUGAAUUUUAUAUAUUGUA